AUGUUUUAUUUCUUCUCCAACCAACUCAAACUAAAUGGCCCAGACAGACUCCAGACAGACCCCAGACAGACCCCAGACAGACCCCAGACAGACCCCAGGAAGUCCCCAAACAGACCCCAGGCAGACCCCAGACAGACCCCAGACAGACCCCAGGCAGACCCCAGACAGACCCCAGACAGACCCCAGACAGACCCCAAUAAGUCCCCAAACAGACCCCAGGCAGACCCCAGGCAGACCCCAGGCAGACCCCAGACAGACCCCAGGCAGACCCCAGGCAGACCCCAGGCAGACCCCAAGCAGACCCCAGGCAGACCCCAGACAGACCCCAGACAGUCCCCAAACAGACCCCAGACAGACCCCAGGCAGACCCCAGACAGACCCCAGACAGACCCCAAUAAGUCCCCAAACAGCCCCCAGGCAGACCCCAGACAGACCCCAGGCAGACCCCAAACAGAGCCCAGACAGACCCCAGACAGCCCCCAGACAGACCCCAGGCAGACCCCAAACAGAGCCCAGACAGACCCCAGGCAGACCCCAAACAGAGCCCAGACACACCCCAGACACACCCCAGACACACCCCAGACAGCCCCAAACAGACCCCAGACAGACCCCAGACAGCCCCCAGACAGACCCCAGACAGCCCCCAGACAGACCCCAGGAAGACCCCAGACAGCCCCCAAACAACCCCAGACAGCCCCCAAACAGCCCCCAGACAGAGACCAGACACACCCCAGACAGCCCCCAAACAGACCCCAGACAGACCCCAGACAGCCCCCAGACAGACCCCAGACAGCCCCCAGACAGACCCCAGGAAGACCCCAGACAGCCCCCAAACAACCCCAGACAGCCCCCAAACAGCCCCCAGACAGAGACCAGACAGACCCCAGACAGACCCCAGAUAGACUCCAGACAGCCCCCAAACAACCCCCAGACAGACCCCAUAAAAAAAUACCCUCAAAUAACAAAACACAACAUCAGUAG